AUGUCGCUCUUUGCCGCACGGACGGCGCUCCUCUCUCUUGCCCUGCUGGUUUUGCUUGCACUCACAACGGUGGUAGCAUAUCCUUCGGAGCACGUAAAGGUCCAAUCAGAGAGUGUCGAGGGACGAGCGCAGGCACGCAAAUCAGCUGAAAACGUCGUCAGGAGAGAUGUGCCGCCUGGGGGCGAUGUGGAUUACUACAGCCCGCUGAACAAGACGGGAGGAUUGAUGACCACUGUGAGCAGAGUUAGAAUUACGCGACCGACCACUUUGCCGGUCGUGCUCGCUCAGCAUGCUGACCCUCCUCCUCUUUCUCUGGCACGACAGAUUAUUCCGGAUUUAGACGUAGGCGAGCCCUUGAACAUCAUCAUCUCUGGAAAAUCAUCCAAGACGGUGUUGCAGGUAGAAGGAUUCUUGCUCUGGGCAACGUGAGGGGUUCUUCAGACAUCGCCUUCUGUUCCUUGGCAUACCGUUUCUGACUGCGCAAUUAUUGCAUCCGCUCUACAGAUCGAUCAACUUUGGCGUCUCGUGCUUGGGGCAAGCGAACGGGACGGAGCAGAGUGCAAAUUUGGGUGAUGGAGGUGGCAACAAGACGCAAGGUACAGGCAAUGGAGACAAUGGAGUCAUGAGGUGGAAUUAUGGCGAUGCGUAUAUCGGCACUUGCAGAGAGACUAUUCAGGGUGGCAAUCAUUUCAGGUGGUGGAGACAAGAUGGCAGGGAGGCGAACAGCGGAGCUUACUUCUUGGGCGCAUCUCUCGAAGGCCCGUUGAGCACGCAGCACGACAUUGUCGCGAAUGGCUACAAUCUCGGUCGAGAUGAGAUCGGUGAGUAAUUCCGGUCCUACAGAAUGUCUUCUAGGACAGAGAACCUCACACUGUCGUCCAUCAUAGUUGGCAAUGCUACGCGGUCCAAUGGAACCACUUGGGGAGGCAACUAUUACCGCGCAACUGUCGAGUACAUCCCUGCUGGCGUGCUUCUAAACGAUACCACUGAAGGUAUCAACCAUCCAGAUGUCGCACCACCUGGCGGCAAUGCUCAGGAUGGCAGAGUAGCCCUGCUCACAGUUAUCCAGACUGUUGUUUCGGACCAAGCGACAAACUUGCAGUACGACAAUAAGACGGUUGCUUCCACAGCCUCAAUCUCGAGCCAGGCCUUUGCUAAAUGGCAGCUCCUUGCCACCAUCGCGGCUGUCGCGCUCGCCAUGGCAUCGGCACUGUAA